AUGGCCAGUACUCCCAGCGUGCAAUGCUUCGGCAAGAAGAAGACGGCCACCGCUGUCGCCCACUGCAAGCAAGGCAAGGGUCUCAUCAAGGUCAACGGCCAGCCGCUCGCGCUCGUUAAGCCAGAGCUCCUCAAGUUCAAGGUCUACGAACCCAUCCUCAUCGUCGGCCUUGACAAAUUCGCCGGUGUCGACAUCCGUGUCCGCGUCACCGGUGGUGGUCACACUUCCCAGAUCUAUGCUAUCAGACAAGCCAUCGCCAAGUCGAUAGUCGCCUACUACCAGAAAUUUGUUGAUGAACACUCCAAGAACCAGCUCAAACAGGCCCUUGUUCAGUACGACCGAACCCUCCUCGUUGCCGAUAACAGACGUUGCGAGCCAAAGGUCUUCGGUGGUCCCGGUGCCCGUGCCAGAUACCAGAAAUCUUACCGUUAA